AGCGCUUGGGCUCAAGCUUCCACGGGUGGACGCAGGUCUGGAAGCAGGCGCGAGCGCCCUCCUGCCUCUGCAAGCCAGCCCCCCGCGCCGACACGAUGGGGUGCUGCAUGGCCUCCCGCCAGUCUUUCGACAUGGCCUCCCGCCAGUCUUUCGACCUGACGCGGUACACAGACGCCACGAGCCUCUUCGACGCUCUUGCGUUCACCGUGGAGGGCCUUCACCCAGUGCGCUUGGUCCGCAUGUCGUGGCUUCUGCAGCAGCGGGGCACGGUCCUGAAGAGGCGCCAGGAGCUGCCAGAGGAGGCGUUCGUGUCCGCCGGCGAGCUGCGGGCCAUUUGGGAAGCCAGCGGGCGAGGAGGAGUAGCGGACAAGGUGGCGCCGAUCAUCACCUUCUCGUUCUGCUGGGACUCACGCGAGCAUCCCGACCCCAAUGGGGUGCAGCUGAGCUUGGUGAUAGACACCCUGGAGCAGGAGCGCCACAAGUACUCCAGAGGAAAUGGUUCCUUUGAGGGGUUCAGCGACAUGGGCGUCUUCUGGGACUGGCCCUCGCUGCUGCAGGGCGACCCCGACAAGGCCGAUGAGGCGAAGGCCGCCGCCCUGCGGCAAGGAAAAACCCAGAAGGACGCGCAGAAGGCCGCGGACGAGGCCAAGCGUACCCCCGCCGAGAAGGCCGCGUUCAAACAUGGGCUGCAGGAGACGAUGGACCUGUGGCACGCCCACCAAGCCACUACCGUCCUCCUGCUCACCCAGCACCCCCGCGAGCGAGGCAGCGAGCGCGAGUGUGGCUACGACCAGUCGGGCUGGACAACGUACGAGCGUUGCUCCGCGGAGCAGAUCAAGAAGGUCUACCGUCAUCAGGCGAAGUGGGACGCCGUUGCCGACCUUGGGGGAGGGGCGGGGGUGACGAAGGCCCGGAGGAGGUGGCCGGUGGGCCCGGACGAGUUCGACCGGCUCAUCGAGGACAGGUCCUUCACCAACGGCGCGGACCGGGAGGCGGUGAAGGCGCUCUUCCGGCGGAUGAGCCGCGCGCAGCUGGGCGGCGUGACGAUUCUGGACUUCGAAGGGAUGCCGCCCCCGACCCCCGCGCAGGUCGCGGGGCUCGCAGGCUGCCUGCGGCUGUGCGCCCGCCUGGAGAACCUGGACCUGAACAAUUGCAACAUCGGCGACGACGGCACGCAGGCCCUGUCGAAGGCGCUGCCCUCCAUGCCCGGCCUGCGGUACCUGGACCUGGCCAGCAACGGCAUCGGCGACGACGGCGCGCAGGCCCUGGCGAAGGCGCUGCCCUCCAUGCCCGGCCUGCAGGGGCUGAGCCUGGAAAGCAACGGCAUCGGCGACGACGGCGCGCAGGCCCUGAAAUCCGCCUGGGGCGACAGAUGCGGUGGCUUGUACCUCUGAGCCAGGGGCGAGCCGCACAGGGCGCGGGUGAGAAACGGGAGGGCGCGCGGGAAGGGGAGGACCCAAACCGGUACCAGACUCAUGUACCAGACUAGCGGUGCCAGACUCAUGUACCAGACUAGCGGUGCCAGACUCAUGUACCAUUCCAGGCAUCAGCAUAAGCACGUGUGCUUUUGUCUUCCCAGUUUGGUGCCUCGUUUUGCCGCGAGGUCGGCAUCCUGGCCAGAUGCCUCGUUCGCGCAGUUUGCGUGGCCCCUGCGGCAUGCGGUAUGCGUGUUUUUCUGUUGGCGUCGGCGGCGCUCCCAAGGGGGGAAGCGAACCAGGGGGCAGGCCUUCUGCGGAGGCGCGUGGCUUCUCAGGAGCCCCCUGACCUUCUGCUGAGUGUUCCGUGCCUGCGGGGAGAGUUUUUGCUCGAUAAUCUGCCAGGAGGCCCGAGGCUCUCCGAGCUCUGCGUCGCCCAGCGCGCUCCACCACUCGCAGAGGGCCCGCUCGCAGGCACCCGAGACGCACACGUGCUCGCAUCGUCGUGGCAGCGGCUCGUAGAGUCCCCCCCCCCCCCCGCGGCGGCUCCAGGCCACGUGCGAGCAGCUGCCCUGCGCGCAGUGGAGCGCGCCUGUCUUCUCUUCGGGUGUUGCUCGAAGUGCCCCUGGCCCAAGGCACCCCCAGUUUUCCGCUCCAUUCUGGAGCCCCUGGGGCCCUCUGGGCCUCGUGAGGGGUGCCCUGGAGGCCGUUCGGGCCUCCCCGAGAAUCCUAGGGGAUUACCUUGGGCCAGGGGCACUUCUAGCAACACCCGAUCUCUGAGAGGGCCCGCCCCUUCUCGCUUCCCCCCCCGGGGGCUCGCCGACGGCGGUCGGCCUGCCAGGGGGGUGGUGCGCCAGCCACGGCGCCUCGCCGCCGUCCCCCCACCUGCUGCCGCCGCUGCGGGGAGCAGCGACCGCCUGGAGCGCGCAGCCCUGCCUCUUAUGAAGAAGAAGCAGCGUCGGGGGUGGACAGACCUCCUACCCUGACACGUCGAUUAGCGAAUUGUUGACGCUUCGCGAAUCCCCACCAGCCCAUCCUACACCAGGCAUUCGAACGAAGAGCGCCGAUGAUCGGCAGCUGUUCUCCUCCCCUUCUUCCUCCUUCUCCUCCGCC